UAAUUAAAAUUUACUACAAUGAAAACAAAUUCACCAAGAAAUCAAUUUUGGGAUGAUUCUUCCUGAACUGUCUCUGAAGAGUACAGUGAGUCUCCUACCAAAAAUAACAUUUACCACUGGAAAGGGAAUGCGAAUGCCCUCGGAGAUGUCACUGGAAAAUCCAGAAGCUCAUCAACAAUUUCAAAUAAGCCUAUUCUAACAGAGGACUCUUGCUUUCAUGAAUCAAAUGAAAAGCUCAAGAGGAGAGGAGGCAACCUACCAAAGUCGACUUUUAUACUUCCCCAAAACUCAAAAGCUGGUGGGUCUUGCUACAAAGUUAUGAAAAGACUCAAAAAAUCUUCAUCAUCUGGUAUACUUCACUUCCCUAAGAACUCUGAAGAAAUCAAAUUUGCGAAUUGGAAAGAAAAAUGUGAGGAGAGCCAAAUGAUUCCUUCUUCAAGGAUCCUCCUCUCGCUCCACAAAAAGUCUUAACUCUUCUUACAACCUUCGAAGAAGGAGUGGCUUAUCAGCUGAUAAUCUUAAUUUUUCAUAAAAUAUCA